UCCCAACCCAAAAUUGUGGUUGCAUCUGAUGCAUAUUUUCCGAGCAAUUUGUUACGUAUACGGAUCCGAUUGCGCUGGAAAUAAAUGUGACCAAGUCUACAGAGAUCUAGGCAACCCAUAUCAUAUUUCAGCACUGGGCCGAUCCCAAACUUGUUUUACGUGUUCAUUUGAGAAUCGACACGCCGGGCCCAUCGUUUCGAGGCCUCGCAAAUGCGAAACCGGAGCCACAAACGGCUCAUUCAGAUCAAUCUAGUUUUGAUAAUCCCGAUCCGUUAUGGGGUUAAGAUUUGGACACUGCUCAUACCCCGACACCCUUGUUGGAAUCAGAUGAGUUUCCUUAGUCGACAAUGGAUCAUCAGAAGUGCACAGAACGCCACCAUUGUUUCUGCUUGCAGGGGGCGUUUUCUGCUUUCGUUUUCGAUCACCACAAUCCCUGAAAGGGAUCCUUCAUCUUCAAUAACACCUCCUGUCGACUGCCCAUCAUCCGAAAUGGUGAGCUACCUCACAAACUCGUGUGGGUUGUCUACAGAAGUGGUCACAGUCAUAUGCAAAAAGUUGGGAAGCAGGGGUCGCGCUCACAACGCGAGGAAAGUCAUAAAUUUUUUGAGAGAGAGCGGUUUCACGGACACCCACAUCAGGAAAACCAUCUCUCGCAAUCCUUAUGUGCUAGUGGCGAAGCUAGAGAAGACGGUAAUGCCUAAGGUAAGGGCUUUCCUUGACUGGGGCCUCUCUGGCGCUGAUGUUGGUCGCAUUGUCGCCGCAAGAUCGGGCAUUUUCCACAUCAACUUCGAGAGGAAGGUAGUGCCAGUAGUUGAUAAGCUCAGAGAUCUCAUUCCCCAAGACGAGAGGGCGGUCAAGUCCAUCAAGCGCUUCUUCUUGGGCUCAUUUCUAGGGCCCGGUCUGGAGAAACGUAUAGCGAUCAAUCUAGCGACUCUGAGAAGCCACGGUGUUCACGAGCGAUCCUUGUCGGUCAUUGUGGAAAGAUGGCCUGAGUUGCUCGGGCUUAACCCAAGCGCGUUCAAGAAGAUGGCAAAGAAGGCCUAUGAAUUAUGGCCCAAUCACCGUUCGAUCAUGUUCGCUCACGCCCUCUACGCAGUCUGCUCAAUGAGUGAGCCAGUGUGGGAUGCCAAACUCAAGAUGCUGAAGGAAUUUGGAUGGACCCAGGAGGAUAUACUAACGGCUUUUCAGAAGACCCCGCUUUUCCUGACGAUAUCGGCAAGCAAUCUGAAGCGGAAACUUGAGUUCUUUGUGGAGGAACUCAGCUACAAAUCUUUGGAAAUUGCAGCUGUCCCUCUGUUGUUGACGUUCAGCUUGGAGAAACGAGUCAUUCCCCGGCUCGCUGUGAUCAAAUUGUUGGAUUCUAAGGAAAUUUUCAGGAAGAAGAGCUUCCAGACAAUUUUGCAUAUGAAAGAUGAGGAAUUCCACAAGGAAUUUGUGCUUAAGCAUGAGGAUGAAUGUCCAGACGUUCUUAAAAUUUAUAGUAACAGCAUCAAUUGCGACUCUGGUAUACUUGGAUUCUGCAUUUUAUCUGAAGUUUACAAGUUACUUUCUAUACAAGGGUCAUGCGUUGUGCCUAUGUCAAACUCAUUUUUACAUUUUCAUUUGGGAAUUGACGCGUCCGUCCCAAACAGCUCAUUUGGAUUUGGAAAUAAUAUAAUUCCGCUGACCAUCAAUGAUGGGACUAUGUUUGAAACCCCCUCAGAUUCCGACCCCCUUGUCCACUCUCAGCUGCAGAGGGACGACCAAUUGUGGAAGGAAGAUUUGCUCUUUCUUCCUCUUAUUUUGAUUUUGGUUUCCUUCUUCCUCCGUGGAUCUGUUCCUCUGUUAGUAUCUAUUCUUCCAUGUGUUGCUUCUUGUUCUAUAUUCUGGGAGCAAAUGAGUUCCCUUCGACGGCAGUGGAUCAUCAGACAUGCACAAAACCCCACCGUUGUGCUCGUAGGGCGUUUUCUGCUUCCAUUUUCGACCACCAACAUCCCUGAAAGCGACUCGUCAUCUUUAUUAACACCCCCUAUCAACUGCCCAUCACCAGAAAUGGUGGAUUAUCUCACAAACUCAUUUGGGUUGCCUUCGGUCACAGGCAUAUGCAGAAGAUUGGGAAGCAGGGCCUGCGUUCACAAGGCGAGCAGAGUAAUCGAUUUCUUUAGAGAGAGCGGUUUCAAAGACGCCGACAUCAAGAAAGCCAUCAAACGCAAUCCCCGACUUUUGGGGGCGAGGCUGGAGAAGACGGUCAUGCCCAGGGUAAGGGCUUUCCUCGAUUGGGGCCUCUCUGGCGUUGAUAUUGGUCGGGUAUUCGCUACAAAUCCUAAUGUGCUCAAUGUAAGCUUCGAGAAGAAGAUAGUCCCAAUAGUUAGUCAGCUUAGAUCUCUCCUUCCCGACAACGAGAAGGCGGUCGGAUCCAUCAAGCGUUUUUUCUACUGCUCCUUUCUUGGGCAAGGUGUGGAGGAAAGGAUAUCCAUCAAUCUAGCCGCUCUGCGACGCCACGCAGUUCGGGAUGGGUCGUUGUUGACCAUUUUGGUGGCAUGUCCGUCGCUACUGGGGUUGAGGCCGAGCUCUGUCGAGAAGAUGAUCGUAGGAAACUCGACUUCCUUGUACCAUCCUUCGACCAUUCCCGAGUAUUUUUUGUACAGCAUGGAAAGGAGAAUCAAGCCCCGUCUCUCUGUUAUCAGGAUCUUGGAUUCUAAGAAGCUUGUCAGCAGGAAGAAGACUGUCCUGACGCUUUUGCAUAUGAAAGACGAAGAAUUCUACCAAGAAUUCGUGCUUAAGCAUAAGGAUAAAUGUCCAGAAGUUGAUGAGGCUUAUAGCACGACCAUCAAUGGUGACAGUGAUGCAUAAAAACUUAUGUACCUGAAGAAGGUAGAGGACCUAACGUCCAGGAUGAGGAUUGGAGUUAGUGAACUUAGAGAUGGCCUAUGCUGCAUUUCAAGUCUCUGUUUUACAUUGUUGGCAUAUUAUUCGACAAGCACAGACUUCAAAUCAGUAAUACCUCACAUCAGUUUAGAAUCUAAAUUUCCUGUUUCUGCUUAUACCACUGGUAUGAACUUUGAAUCAGAAUCAAAAACACUUUCUUCUACUACAAAAACCACUUUAAGUGACAAAUGUUGAUAAUUCUUCUUCAUCUAGAAAUAAAUAUAUUUUCUACA